GUUUGUAAAUUACUCUCUCGACUCUCGAGUCAUACAUAGCUGCAAUCUCUGACCUUCCUCACAGACUGAUCCCUCUGUAUUUAGAGACUUGGCUGCUCGGGAUUGUACUUUGUGGGUUCUUACCUAUUGAAAUAUCUCUGUGUGUUGAUACACGGGUAAGUCCCAUAUUGCACACAUAGUGUUCGCUAAAAUGCCUAACUGAGACUCGAGCUGUAAAAGUUGCAUAUACGCGCUGCUGAGAAAACAAAGUGAAGUGAUUUAGAGUAUGUUGCGGAACAUGAUGAUGCCGUGGAACAGAAGCAAUCAGAAUGUAGUUGGAUUGUUGAUAAGGCAUUUCGCAACGAAACCUAAACCCAAGAUGAAACCGAUCGAGCUGAACACACCACCGGAGCAAACCCAGACGAUCACCCGAGUCAUCUUUGAUAUUUUGAAGGAUCAUGGACCUCUCACCAUUGCUGAAACUUGGGAUCGUGUCAAGGAGGUGGGAUUGAGAGGGCUAACGAGCAAGCGUCACAUGAAGAUAAUACUAAGGUGGAUGAGAGAGAGACAGAAGCUGAAGCUGAUAUGUAACCAUGUUGGUCCUCACAAGCAAUUCUUGUACACUACUUGGUUCACUAAACACAACCCUUCUAAAUUCCCUAAGCCGCCGGAAAAACUCACAGGAAAAUCCUCUGGCCACCCUUAAACUUCCCUGAGCCAACACUGUUAAUUUGCAAGGCUUUGUUUCUUGGAGCUUCGUGUUUACUGUAAAAAGUCUGUUUUGACAAGUUUCUCUCAAUGUUUCUGCUUCUGAACACUUUUCAAGGUACACCAUGUAUACAAAUAAUGCUUUUCAAGAUUCUUAAUCUUUUCUAAAAAGGUGUAGGAAUGACAUCAUCAUUCAUGCCAA